AUGGUUUUGGCUUCAUCUCCGACGCCGGACGUUCCCUCAUCUCCAGACACCGACACUCUUCAUACCAAUGCUACUCCCUCAGAGCUAUCGACACCUCUCACACAAUCUGGACGGACUUCACCUAACUCUGUCGAAAUUGAAGUUCCGGAUGAAUCUGCUACCACCACGCAGAAGAAAAAGAAGAAGAAGAAAUCCAAGAAAUCCAAGGCCAAGGACGCGUCUGUUGCCCAUUCCCCUGAUGACGCAGAUACAGAGAACCGUCCGCCUGUUCUGUGUAUUAGUAGAAAUAAGCAUUGGCGCUAUAUAAGCUCCUACCAUGGACCUUGGCUGCAACUCCCUGCAGAGCUUCUCGAUUCACUGUUAACUCUCAAUCUAGAUCCUGGUACUCUGUCAGGACCUGAUACUCGUCUUCCACCCUUGCUUCCCCCUUCGUCAAGUGUAUCGUCUAGCAAACAAAGAGACCGUGGCUUCCAUGGCUUCGGCGACUUCUCGCCUCCAGAUUCUCCACGAAAUCCAUUUACAUCGAUGCCCCUACCACCUCCAUUUCCACCUCCAAAGCCUGGAAAGGCUACUCCCCCUCCAAUAGACCCUGGCGUUUUUCGCUCUGUCAGAAACAUACGACGGCUGAUAGAUGAGGCUGCUGAAUUGUCUGUCCGUGCUUCUUCUGGUCUCUCUGCUGCAGAAUUAGGUUCUAUGAGGUCAGGCUCUGGCCCUGGUGGAAGUCCGUGGGCAGCUGCUCAAUCUCUCGGUAUUAACCCCCUUGGCAAUAAUAAUAGCGGAGGAAGAAACGUAGCUAUGUCUGCCACGCGAGUUCAUAGAUUACGCGCGCUGGCUGUUCAGAAACUGGCCCAAGCUUACAAAGCUGAUGAAAUUGCGUCGAGUGUCAUGGUCAUGCAAGGAGGCAGCGUCUUUGACGACCUCGCAGAGCGUGUUCUCAGAGUGGAUCCAAAUGACCCAGACGCGAGAUAUGUCCAUUUUUUCCAUGAAAAAAUUCCCUCCAGACAGCUGGCCGAAUCGACUACGACAAACGUUCUGGACGACCUGAUUGCGAUGUACCCUCAACGUCUCGAAUACUACCGUACUCGUGGCAUCGUUCAUUGCUUCCGAGAUGAAUUCCCUCAGGCAACGAAGGACUUUACUCAUGCCCUCAAAGAAGCGCGAGCUGUUCGUAAAGCUAAGAUGGCUCAUCACAACAACGGAUCUCAGAAUGACUCGCGUACGACCAAGCAUGGGAAACGCAGGAAAGGGUCCUCUGCGGCUCACACGAACGGUCAAGCACCACCCGACGGCACCAGCGCCAUGGAAAAUGGGGUCGAGGGGUCAGACGGGGAGCCGUUUCUGAAACAUCCAUCUGUUUUAGAAGACGCUCCCGACCCCAUUGAACCACAACUUUUAUUUCUCCGUGGUGCAGCUUAUUUGCAGCAUGCGAUGCAUUUGAUUGAAACUGCCGUGUUAAAUCUGGAGGGCGUCAGUAAAACCCCUUCCAUAGACGGCGCUGAAUUAAGACUCUGCUACAUCGAACACGGUAAAUAUGGCGGCAUCGAAAUUGGCAACCCUGAUGGACCUCUUGGAAAACGCGAUGGACCCAAACUUGCCGCCUAUUCUAGCACUCUUGGAGAGAAGGCUUUCAGGGACCAGGUCACCCAGUUGUUGAAAAGAAGCUUACGCGACCACGAGAAAUUUCGUGCCCAUUUUGAUUCGCUCGAAUCUCCGAAUGCCAUCCCUGACGGUGACCUGGCCUAUCAGACUGAAUACGCCUUCCUUCUGUCCGAGUGCAUGAGGCCUGGAAACCACUCUGCACAGCCACCUCCGAUUCCAGACGCCCCUGCGAUGUUCACUACGUACCACCCGCUGCUUGUGGAGUCCCAUUUUAGCGUGCUUAUUUGUGAACUGAUGCUUGCCGACUUUGUCAACAUUCUUCCGACGUUCAUCCACGUUGCUUCUGUGGUGGAUGGGCUCGAAGGGUACCCCAUUUUUCUGCCUCCCAGGUCCAUGGCUCAGGCCGAGUUUAUCGAGGUUCUUGAACGUCUUGCGAGCGGGUGGAAAAAUGGUGUUCAGCCCCAUUCUUUAUCGGCACAGCGAGGGAAAAGUCGACUCGCCAUUGAUUUGCCUCCCCUCGUUCGGCCGACUCCGCCGCCGCCGACGCCCACUUACAAAAUUGUAAGGUCAAGUUCAUACCAGGGCUCGGACAAUAGCCAUCGUGUCAACGGCUCGUCGUCGUCGUCCUCUACUUUGAAUUACAGUAUGAGCAAUGGCAGCUUAUAUUCCGCUUCAUCAUCUUCGCAGCAUACACUCAGCCCGACUGGAGAAGAAAAAACUAACGAGAGCAAUAGCUACACCUACAAGUACGAUCACGACCAUCUGUUGACAUCUGGGCCUGCACCUUCUCCCGCUUCUACUACUAGCCACACCCGCUCGGACGCGAUAGAAGCUUUGGACUGUGCACGCAUCUUGCUGGCUCCUGUAGUCAAACGCCAACGCGAACGCGCAGAACGAGCGGCUGCUUUAGAAAGGAGCACACUGGGUAGGAAGAAAGUCAUGCCCAUUAAUAUCCCACUUCAUGGACCUCGCGUCGAAAUUGUCCUUGCCUGGCUUGCUGCUGUUCAUUUGCCCGAACUGGACGAUGCUUGUUGA